AUGGUAUCAGGUCUCGAAGGCUUUGGUGCCGAUGAUUCUGUGAUAUUAGAUCUCGAAGGCUUUGGUGCCGAUGAUUCUGUGAUAUUAGAUCUCGAAGGCUUUGGGGUCGAUGAUUUUGUGAUAUCAGAUCUCGAAGGCUUUGAGGCCGAUGAUUUUGUGGUGUCAGAUCUCGAAGGCUUUGAGGCCGAUGAUUUUGUGAUAUCAGAUCUCGAAGGCUUUGGGGCCGAUGACUCUGUGGUAUUAGAUCUCGAAGGCUUUGAAGCCGAUGACCUCGUGGCAUCAGAUCUCGAGCUCAUUUUGACGUUUUAA